AUGGAAGACGAAGAAGGGAUCGGCUUAAUCUUAGCCAGAGCCACCGAGCUUAGGCUCAAGAUCAGCGAUUGUAUCGAUUCCUCCAGCACCGCCGUCAGUGAAGACGGCGGCGGAAACAGUGACCUUUCUCCGGGAGAAAGAAAGAAGGAUGCGAUUAACGGGAAUCAAGACAAGGAUUAUGACUCAAUCAGCUCUAACGAUGUCGAGGAAGAAGAAGCUGAACGGCUUUUGCGUAUACGCGAUGCCCUCGAAUCUCUUGAGUCUCAGCUUUCUGCUUUACAGAAUCUAAGGCAAAGGCAACAGUAUGAGAAGCAAGUGGCUCUCUCUGAGAUUGAUUACAGUAGGAAAAUGUUGCUUGAGAAGCUUAAAGAGUACAAAGGGAAGGAAUUUGAAGUACUACGGGAGGCUUCGACUUUUGCAGGGGAAAAAGUUGACUAUGAGAACGAUCUUCUUCUUCCUCCGUAUCCUGUUCAUCCUCCUGUCUCCCUUGGUUUAGAUAAUAAUGGAUACCUUCCUCACUUACCAUCGAAGAAGAAAUCGGAUGCAAAUGGGUUCGGCUUAGGAAAUGUAAGAAACGAGAGAGAGGUGAAAAGUCCUGACAGUGGUUCUGAAGGCUCGAGUCAUGGGGUUAUUCGUUUCUUGGGCUCUGUUGCAAAGAUCAUGCUUCCUAUCAUCGGUGUGAUUUCAAUAUUGUCUGCAUCUGGAUAUGGUCCAGAGAUGAGGAAAAGAGGCGCGUCCUUGAAACUUCUGCGAUUUCUCCCGCAAAGAGUAGUCAGAGGAAAGGAAACACCGAAUCAAUGCCCACCCGGGAAAGUUCUUGUGAUUGAAAACGGUGAAGCACGGUGUCUUGUGAAGGAAAGAGUCGAAAUACCAUUUGACUCGGUUGUUGCGAAACGCGAUGUAACUUAUGGAUACGGUUGA